GCGGCGGGGCGCCCCCCAUGCUGCUGCAGCCCGCGCCGUGCGCCCCGAGCGCGGGCUUCCCGCGGCCCCCGGCCGCCCUCGGCGCCAUGCACGGCUCGCAGAAGGACACCACGUUCACCAAGAUCUUUGUGGGCGGCCUGCCCUACCACACCACCGACGCCUCGCUCAGAAAGUACUUCGAGGGCUUCGGGGACAUCGAGGAGGCCGUGGUCAUCACCGACCGCCAGACGGGCAAGUCCCGUGGCUACGGCUUCGUAAGUNNNGCAGACCGGGCGGCAGCUGAGAGGGCUUGCAAAGACCCGAACCCCAACAUCGACGGCCGCAAGGCCAACGUGAACCUGGCCUAUCUGGGCGCCAAGCCGAGAAGCCUCCAUUCCGGCUUUGCCAUCGGCGUACAGCAGCUGCACCCCACCUUGGUCCAGCGGACAUAUGGGCUGACCCCCCACUACAUCUACCCGCAAGCCAUGGUCCAGCCCAGCGUGGUGGUCCCGGCCGCCCUCGUGCCGUCGCUGUCCUCGCCCUGCAUCGAGUACGCGCCGGCCAGCCCGGCCUACGCCCACAUCCUGCGGGAGGUCGGCCGUGCCCAGUUUACAGCUGGGCAGUACAAAUUGGAAAAUGAUGUUUGGCGCUUGGUCGAUAUCGCGGCCGUGCGGACGGACGGACGGACUGCGAAUGCUGACAGGGCGGAGUUAUUUCUCCGGUCCCUCGGCCGGCUCCCCCGCGUGGGUCUUCUGGGCGGCUCUGAUGAGCCCGAGCUGGGCGGGGUCCAGAGGCUCGUCUGCCAUAAUGCACUCGAUCUUCUAACAGGGAAGCUCAGAACAGGCGAGCAGUGCCGCGGGCCUGGAGUGCCCUUCGGCCGAUGCUCACGCAUGUGCCUGCCCUGCCGCCGCCCGCCCUCGCCCUGCACCCGGCCCGCCUACCUCCUUCAGAGCACCUGUUAG